AUGGACGAUGCACUAGGGUUAAACAAGAUUGUAGAAGACAAACAGUCGAAUCAAAAUUGGCGGUUGAGUAAUGAAGGAGAACCCUCAAGAAUUGACUUUGCAGACGGAUUGAACCGUCUGCAAGUGAUACCGCAGAACAUUGCUGAUUUUGAUUUGCUUGCUGAAUCAAUGACUGCACCUCCAGUGGCUCAUAUAAUAUUUUCAAGAAGUGAAGAUAAGUUGAUCACAUUUCAAUGUUUUAUACAAGCUCUCUUAAGCGAAUGGAAAACACUUAAGCCGUGGUGUGCUGCUUGUAUUAUUCUGCUUGCAGCAGUUGUGGAAGCUUUUACAAGUGACACGUACAUACGAUCUCAAGCACCAAGAGAACUCAGUAGACAUAUAACUGAGAAGAUAGAAAAGUCAUCAUAUAAAUUGGAGAUUAUUUACGAGGAGUCGAGACAGGGAGUUUCUUUUGCAGCUUUUAAAUUAGAUUAA